AUGUCUUGUUCAGUGAAGAUUGUCACUUUUGAUGUUCCAGAUAUGUCACGAGCAACAAAAAGGAAGCAUGUAAUCAAGGAGGUGCUUCUGGAUAACUUGGAAUUACCAACAGAGAAUCAAGAGGUAGUUCGUGUGCUUGCCAGCAGGGGAAAUAAUCUCCAUAUGGUUGAAGAGGCUACAGGAUCACAGUUCCUUGUGUCAAUGCCAACCAAAUUCCGCCACAAUGUCUGGAUUAAACGUGGUGACUUUGUAUUGGUAGAGCCAAUUGUCGAAGGAGAUAAGGUCAAAGCUGAAAUAGUUAGCAUCCUUACAGCAGAACAUGUGAAGUUCUUCCAGGAAAACAACCAAUGGCCAGAACAGUUUCUUGAGAGAAAGGACAAUGAAGAGAAGGAUGAUUUGUUUGUUAAUACAAACAGGAUGCAGCAGUAUCGUACUGCUAGCACCAGUAGCAGUGAUAGUAGUGAAAAUUGUUGCGAUGAUGACACAGAUACACAAGACACUUAA